CAGCGGGGGAACGUGAGAGAGCAGCAGCCUCCAGAGCACAGAGCUGAGUCCGCUUCAUCCUCAGCUGCGGCCACCUCUCCUCUUCUCUCAUCCCCUCUUUCUUUUCUCUUUCCCUUCUUUCCGCUGGGCUCAGGUCACUGCUCCCCCACCCCUUCCCCUGCGGAGGAUUCUGUCCACAUCUGUCCCUGCCUAAGAUAAAGCCAUGGGGUACGGCCGAUCAGACAGCUACCGUGUGGCCACCACGCAAGACAAUAAGGAUGAUGAAAGCCCCACUAAGGCACAAUCUAAGCAAAAGAAGGAAAUGGAUGAACUUAAGAAGGAAGUCUCCAUGACCGAGCAUAAAAUGUCAAUAGAGGAAGUGUGCCGGAAAUACAACACAGACUGUGUGCAGGGGCUGACACUCAGUAAAGCAGCAGAGGUCCUGGCACGUGAUGGCCCCAAUGCCCUCACACCACCACCCACCACCCCAGAAUGGAUCAAAUUUUGCCGUCAACUGUUUGGAGGAUUCUCCAUCUUGCUUUGGAUUGGGGCCAUUCUCUGUUUCUUAGCCUAUGGGAUCCAGGCUGGUACUGAGGAUGACCCUGCAAAUGACAAUCUCUACCUGGGUAUCGUUUUGGCUGCUGUGGUUAUUAUCACUGGCUGCUUUUCCUAUUAUCAGGAAGCCAAGAGCUCAAAAAUCAUGGAGUCCUUCAAGAACAUGGUUCCCCAGCAAGCUCUGAUCAUCCGUGAAGGGGAGAAGAUGCAACUGAAUGCGGAAGAAGUUGUAGUUGGAGAUCUAGUUGAAGUUAAAGGAGGAGACAGAGUACCAGCUGACCUUAGGAUAAUCUCUGCCCAUGGCUGCAAGGUGGAUAACUCUUCCCUAACAGGAGAAUCAGAGCCACAAACCCGGUCACCUGAUUUUACACAUGACAACCCACUUGAGACACGAAACAUCACUUUUUUCUCAACUAACUGCGUAGAAGGCACAGCUCGUGGAGUGGUUAUCGCUACAGGGGACAGGACAGUGAUGGGUCGUAUCGCUACCCUGGCCUCUGGACUGGAGGUAGGAAAGACUCCAAUAGCCAAGGAAAUUGAACACUUCAUUCACCUGAUCACCGGUGUGGCUGUCUUCCUUGGUAUCUCCUUCUUCGUUCUCUCUAUCAUUUUGGGCUAUAGCUGGCUGGAGGCCGUCAUCUUCCUUAUCGGCAUCAUUGUGGCUAAUGUACCAGAGGGGCUGCUGGCCACUGUCACUGUGUGUCUUACUCUAACUGCCAAGCGCAUGGCCAGGAAGAACUGUUUGGUUAAGAAUCUUGAAGCUGUAGAAACCCUGGGAUCUACCUCUACUAUCUGCUCUGAUAAGACUGGGACCCUCACUCAGAACCGUAUGACUGUUGCUCAUAUGUGGUUUGAUAACCAAAUCCAUGAAGCUGACACCACAGAGGACCAGUCAGGUGCAUCAUUUGAUAAGAGUUCUCCUACCUGGGUGGCCUUGGCUCGCAUAGCUGCUCUGUGUAACCGAGCUGUGUUCAAAGCAGGAAAUGAUAAUAUUCCUGUACUAAAGAGGGACGUGGCUGGGGAUGCCUCAGAAUCUGCUCUCCUGAAGUGCAUUGAGUUGUCCUGUGGGUCUGUCAAGCAUAUGAGAGAAAAGUACAAGAAAGUGGCCGAGAUCCCCUUUAACUCCACCAAUAAAUACCAGCUUUCCAUUCAUGAGACAGACGAUCCUGAUGAUAACCGUUACCUUUUGGUGAUGAAGGGUGCACCAGAGAGGAUUCUGGAUAACUGUUCCACCAUCUUAGUUCAGGGCAAAGAGCAGCCACUUGAUGAAGAGCUUAAAGAGGCUUUCCAGAACGCAUAUCUAGAAUUGGGCGGCCUGGGAGAGAGAGUGCUGGGAUUCUGCCAUUAUUAUUUCCCAGAGGAGCUCCAUCCCAAGGGCUUUGCUUUUGAUACCGAGGACUUGAAUUUCAGCACUGAAAACCUGUGCUUUGUUGGACUCAUGUCCAUGAUUGACCCUCCCAGAGCAGCUGUGCCAGAUGCUGUAGGCAAAUGCAGGAGCGCUGGUAUAAAGGUUAUCAUGGUGACUGGUGACCAUCCUAUCACAGCCAAAGCCAUUGCAAAGGGAGUGGGGAUCAUUUCUGAGGGUAAUGAGACCGUGGAAGACAUUGCAGCCAGACUCAAUAUUCCUGUCAGCCAAGUUAACCCAAGGGAUGCCAAAGCCUGUGUAAUCCACGGCACUGAUCUGAAGGACAUGCCCAUGGAGCAUAUAGAUGAGAUCCUACAGAACCAUACAGAGAUUGUCUUUGCCCGUACCUCACCACAACAGAAACUCAUCAUUGUGGAAGGAUGCCAGCGCCAGGGUGCCAUUGUGGCAGUGACAGGGGAUGGUGUAAAUGAUUCACCUGCUCUAAAGAAGGCAGACAUCGGAGUGGCUAUGGGCAUUGCAGGCUCUGACGUUUCCAAGCAAGCAGCUGACAUGAUUUUGCUAGAUGACAACUUUGCUUCUAUUGUCACUGGCGUAGAGGAGGGACGCCUUAUCUUUGACAACCUUAAGAAGUCCAUUGCAUACACCCUGACCAGUAACAUCCCUGAGAUCACACCCUUCCUGCUCUUCAUCAUGGCCAAUAUACCACUGCCACUAGGUACCAUCACCAUCUUGUGCAUUGAUCUGGGCACUGACAUGGUACCUGCCAUUUCCUUAGCUUAUGAAGCAGCUGAAAGUGACAUCAUGAAGCGGCAGCCAAGGAACCCUCGUACUGACAAGCUGGUGAAUGAGAGACUGAUUAGCAUGGCAUACGGACAGAUUGGUAUGAUCCAGGCUCUAGGCGGCUUCUUUUCCUACUUUGUAAUUCUGGCAGAAAAUGGUUUUCUUCCAUCAUUCUUAGUCGGAAUACGGUUAAACUGGGAUGAUAGGACUUGUAAUGACCUCGAAGACAGCUAUGGACAGCAGUGGACGUAUGAGCAGAGGAAGAUAGUGGAGUUCACAUGUCAUACAGCCUUCUUUGUCAGUAUCGUGGUUGUGCAAUGGGCAGAUGUCAUUAUUUGCAAAACCAGGAGGAACUCUGUGUUCCAGCAAGGCAUGAAGAAUAAGAUUCUAAUUUUCGGUCUGUUUGAGGAAACGGCUUUGGCCGCAUUCCUGUCUUACUGCCCAGGAAUGGACAUUGCACUGAGAAUGUACCCGCUAAAGCCCAGCUGGUGGUUCUGUGCCUUCCCAUACAGCUUCCUCAUCUUUGUAUAUGAUGAGAUCCGGAAACUUAUCCUACGGAGACACCCAGGAGGUUGGGUAGAAAAAGAAUCUUAUUAUUAAACUCCCAGAGCAUCGCCUCCUGGACCCUCUCCGACCUCUAAAUUCCCUCCAAAAAAAAAAAAAAAUUAAAGAAAAAAAAAAAAAAAAAAAAAGAAAUAACCAAACACCCCCUUGAAUAAACACACAGGAUACAAAGGAAUGCAACAUCCGCUGUGAAAUCCAGCUCCCCAGUCUUCUGUUUUGAGAUUACACCUUGGUUCUUUUCAACUCAUUUCUCUCCCCCUCCCUUUUCUGUAAAAUUAUAAAUAUAUAUAUAUUAUAUAUAAAUAUAAAUAGGACCAGUCAUUUAUUUUGUUUUUUCUUUUUUUUUCUUUUACUGCUGUAUUCUUAAGGAGGGGGAGAGAGAGUAUAGUAACAAAAAGAAAGUGAGUUAUGGUAACUAGGAAAGAGAAAUAAAAUUGACUACAAAUGGUACAUAAGGGAUUAACCCCUUUGCAACUAGAUGAAUCUAUUAAGCAAUGGGUUGCAGGUUCUCUGGCUGUAAUAGGAUUAGUGAACUGAGAAAUGAAGAAUGGUUAGAGAUACUCAGAGGAAAGGGGAGGCAUAAACAAGUGGUCAAUGGGGGUCUGCAAUAUGAUACUCUUCCUGUUAACCUCUUUGCUGCCAAAGGAGAGUAAACACAGUGCAUUGUGUAUUCUAAAUGUAACUUGCUGCUUCAGCAGACAAAUGGUUAUCCUGGAAUUUGCAAGGGCACCAGUGAUCCGGGUUGAAAUGACUCUACGAAUAAUCUGGUGUACAGUGUAGGGUUUUAUGGGGCAUUGUUAAAGCCCUGCUAACCCCUUGACUUCCAGAGAGACCUAGAGCAUCUCUCAUAUCGGAGUCUUAUUUCUGUAAUACAUUUCCCCACCCACCCAGUUACUAUUUAUCAGUAUCUACUGUAUUCAGAAUCUAUGGGAGUGAGAGGUAUUUGUCUAUGCUGUCUAUUAGGAGGGGUGUGAGGUAUGUGUCUAUGGUGUCUGUGCUUUAGGACUGAAUGAGAGGUAUCUGUCUCUGUUAUUUCUGUAUGUGUGCCUGAUGUUUGUGUAUUCGGAAAGCAUAAGCAGUACAGAAUGCACUAUUUUUGUAGUAGGAGGGGGUGAACGUGGAGUGAUGUCUCUUUAAUUGAAGGAGUUAAGAGGGUGCCAUCUCUGAAUUAGUAUUGGAGGCACAGCAGACAAUGAGCUUAUGAGUGGGUAAGAACUCAAAGUAAUAAAAGAACUGUGAGGAAAGGCAGCGUGUUUGUUAGGCAAUGUCUGUUAUGAAUGAGUGAUCUUAGGUUAGAAGAGGUGUAAGGAAGUGAGGCUUCAAUUAUUAGAGGCAAACCGGAAAGCUGGAAUAUCAGUAGAACAGAAUGAAGUCAAGGUCUACUGAAGGUGAGGAACAAGUGGCGUUUCAUGAAGGAAGCAGUGAGAGGAUGUUCUCUUUUAGACUGGGUAAGAAAUAAUACCAAUAUAGUAGAGAUAUGAGAGGUAAAUUGUCAUUGGAGUAGCAAAAAUUGAGCAGAUCAUGUCCCUUUAGGUGAGCAAUAGGAGGUGGUGACAAUCAAGCUACAUGUUUACUGUACUGAAAGGGGGUAAGAGGCAGCCUAUGUUCACUUUGCAGUAAAAGGAGAGGCAGGACGCAUGCUUUCUGUAGUUGGAGGGAGUAUGAUAAUGAAAAUGCGCACUCUACAGUAGGAGAGGCACAAACAAUUGUAUAUGGGGGGGGGGGGGGCAAAGGAACAGUAAUAUGCUCUUCAUAGGAGGAGGGAUUAUAAGGAGGAAGUGUAUUAUUUUAGAAAAAAGGGAAAAGCAAUCAUGCUCACUCUAGCAUGGUUGCUGCAAUAACAUAAGAAGCCUUGUGCUCUCUGUAGUAGAGACAGGCAAUGCUGUAAGGGGUGAAAGACUGCUGGGUUUUCAUUAUAGAAUAGGGACAGAAGUAGAGGGCAUGCUUGCAGUAACAGCAAUUAGAGACAAUGUGCACUCAGUAGUACAGAAGCAGUUAAUGAUGCUCAGUGUAGGGGGGGAGGCAGUCAAUGGGCGUACAGAAGAAGGGGUGAGAAACAGAAAAUGUGCUUCUUGUAACAGUGAUGAGAAACAACGUUAACUAUGUAGUAGAGAUGCAGGUAAUGCUGCUAGAUGUAGAUGGGGAGAAGGCAGACAAUGCGCUCUUUUAAGGGAGCUGCGACAGGCAACGUGCUUGCAGUAACGGAUGAGAAGCAUUGUGCACUCUGUAGGAGAGGGUUAGAGAAGGCAAUGGGUUAAGAGAUGUGCUUCGCGGAAUAGCAUGGAGAAGCAACUGUUACUCUGUAGGGAGGCAUGCUGUGCGAUUGCUGUAGGAGUGGAUGAGAGACUGGCAAUAUACUGUAUGUGGACUCUAGUAGAAAUGGUGAAUGGAAGAUGCUGUCUCUUCUACAGUAAAACCAGUUAAUGGAACGGUUUCCCUGAUAUCUCUAUUACAAAAUGGAUGGUUGUUUCCAGUUUAUGUCUCUGUUCUGUGUCUCUGUCCCCCCUCUUACAUUAGUUUUUGUCAAGUUGUCAAUUUUUUUUAAUCUUGUGUUUUCCUGCAAUUUUCUGUGAUUUACAAAAAUAAAUAAGAAUAAAAAUACCCCAAAAAACGUCAA